GUGGACUUGAAUACAAAAAGUUGACCUGUUGCAAGUGAAAAAGGAUCAAGUCUUCAGUUCAGGACAACAAAACAAGGUCAUUCUCUUAUCCAUCAACACAAUGGCGUGGCCAAAACUCAUCAAAUUUGCUUAUCAAAGGUUCAUCACAAGAAAAUUUCAUGACACUGCCAACAGAAUGAGCUCAAAUUGGAGACAUCUUAUGAAGAAAGAGUUACAAAGUGGAAACAGUGCAAAACGAGAAGAAAGUCAUCUCCACCACCCUCACCCUGUUUGCAUAUACAGGGUUCCAUCAAACAUGCGCCAGGUCGAACCGAAAGCCUACAGACCCAACAACAUCUCGAUCGGUCCUUGUCACCACGGAGCACCGCAUUUAGAAAACAUGGUAGAUCUCAAGAAAAGGUUUUAUCGCCGCCUCUUUGAUCCGACCAACGAUGAAAAUGGAGCCAAACUAGAUGAGGCUUUUAAGUUCCUUGAGGAGCAAGAAUCCGAGGUACGAGGAUGUUACAUGGAGGACAUCAAAUUGAGCAGCGAUGAGUUUCUACAAAUGAUGUUAGUCGAUUCCUCUUUCGUCGUUCAGCUCUUGAGGGAUCUAUCCGCGUUCAAAUUCGGACACAUCCCUCAUCUCAGCAGCACAUGGAUGCUUCCCAUUAUUCGGCGUGAGAUGAUCAUGCUUGAAAACCAGCUUCCUAUGUUUUUAUUGAGCAAGCUGUUCGAGCUGACUAGUACUGAUGAUCCUCCCUCGAGUCUCAAAGAGCUCGCUCUUCGGUUCUUUUACCCUUUGUUACAAGUAGAUUCAAACAACUUUCCAGAAUGUGAGAAAGUUGAGGAGCUAAGAGGGCUUCACUUUCUCGAUCUUCUUAGGUCAAGCAUUAGGCCGAAACUAGGAGAAAACCUGAGAAAACCUCAACAUCACAUGAUUCGCUCUGUAACAGAACUUAUGGAGGCUGGUGUGAAGAUCAAAGCAGAUGAGAGUAAACAAUUGCUUGACAUAAGCUUUGGGAAAAAGUACGGUUUUCUAAUGAGGGAACUCACUAUUCCUCCUUUGUACAUCAAUGAUCACAGAGGAACCGUGUUUCGUAACAUAGUCGCGUUCGAGAAUUGUCACAAGGAUUGCAACCCGGAUGUAACAACCUACUUGUUCUUCUUCAAUGGACUAAUUAACUCUUCUGAUGACGUCUCUCUUCUUCACUACAAAGGGGUGCUUAACCAUUCUCUCGGCAACGACAACACCGUGUCUGAAUUGAUCAACAACAUUACCAAAGAAAUCGUUCGCGACAAAAAUGAGUCCUACUUGUACAAAGUGGUGAAUAAAGCGAAUUCGUACUUUGGUUCCUUCUAUGCGAGAAAAAGAGCUUCUUUGGUGCAUCAUUAUUUAACUAGCUGGGUGGUGGGGGUUUCGACUAUUGGCGCGUUGUUGGCACUUUACUUCACUUUCAUUCAGACUGUGUGUGGAUUUGCAGAUGCGUUGAAGGCCUUGGAAAAUAAAAACUUUGGAUCUCUCUUUGUUGAUGCGUUUUGUAUCCCAGUUCGCGGUACUCCUACAACUAACAGUGAAAGUGAAAAUAGUACAAGCGAAGAUGCUACAACAAUAUCAGAAAGGUAAACAAAAUUCUAAUUGCAGAGAACUCUGCAGUGAAAUUCGAGAUUUGUACGAGGAAGUUUGUCGUGUUGCUGAAUAAGAUAGUUUGCUAGUUGCUUGAAUUAAUAUUUUUGGUAUCAGUAAUGGAUGGAAGUUCAUCCAGUGGUUCUUUUGGGUUGAAAAUGUACUUCACCGAUGAGAUACAAAAGAAAAUAACAUAGGGAAAGAAGCUUGAUAAUUUCAUCUGUUUUUUCAGACUAGGGUUUCUACACAUCUUGUUCCCUUCUUUAUUUCUCUAAUUUUUUUUAUUGCAUUGUUGGUCACAUUUUUGUA